AUGAAUAACAGGUCAGUGAAUUUAAACACUAGUCCGCCUCAGGUUGGUGGUGCUGGUGGCGGCUCCGGGACUGUGGAUCAUGAACUCGUUAUUACAUCUACUUUCGGGACGCUUCUUUCCGUUGUCUAUAUAAUUGGAGUGUCUGGAAAUGUAUAUACUCUGGUGGUGAUGUGUCACUCGAUCCGUUUUGCCACUUCUAUGUACAUCUCCAUCAUCAACCUGGCCCUGGCGGACCUGCUCUACCUCUCCACCAUCCCCUUCGUGGUGUCCACAUACUUCUUAAAGGACUGGUACUUCGGGGAUGUGGGAUGCCGCAUCCUCCUCAGCUUGGAUCUCCUCACCAUGCACGCCAGCAUCUUCACCCUCACUGUCAUGUGCACGGAGCGCUACCUGGCCGUGACUAAGCCGUUGGAUACGGUGAGACGCUCCAAGAGUUACCGCAAAGCUCUGGCGUGGGGUGUGUGGUUGCUUUCUCUGGUCCUCACCGUGCCAAUGAUGAUAAUGGUGGCCGAGACUACCAAAAAAUCACCGGACGGGGGUGUGAAGAGGAUGUGUGCACCCACUUGGGCACCCCUGGCUUAUAAAGUGUACGUGACCGUCCUGUUUGGCACCAGCAUCAUGGCACCGGGGCUUAUUAUCGGAUAUCUUUAUGUCAAGUUAGCCCGCACUUAUUUAGAGUCCCAGCGCAACUCUGUGAUCAGCAACGGCGGCAAGCGCUCACCAAAGCAGAAAGUGCUGAUCAUGAUUUUCACCAUCGUGCUGGUGUUCUGGGCGUGCUUUCUACCCUUCUGGAUUUGGCAGCUGUUGCCUCUGUAUCACACCAAACCUCUGAGCCUGGCCUCGCAGACUCACACCUGCAUCAAUUACCUGGUGGCGAGUCUCACAUAUAGUAACAGCUGCAUUAACCCUUUCCUCUACACGCUCCUCACCAAGAAUUACAGAGAGUAUCUGAAGAACAGGCACAGGAGCUUCUACAGGUACACCUCCUCGUUUAAGCAGCGGCCGCCCAGCCUGUACUCCUGGGGGAAGUCGGCGUCUUCCAGUAACCAGUUUGAGUUCAACUCGGAGACGCUGGUCAUGGGCGCACUGAAGUGA